AUGCAGACAUGCCCCAUACUCAACUUUUCCUCAUUUUGUGAAUCACAGCUAAAUGUCAUUGCUAAGCAACGAGAUGAUGCAAGACGUGCCGAGUAUUGCCGUAGAGUCAGUGCUUUCAAUAGAAAACAGCUUUUAUUUAUUGACGAGUCUGCAAAAGAUGACCGAACAUUUCAGAGGAGAUAUGCUAGAGAACUUGUUGGAACUGGCCGCAUCUCUAUAAAAGGUAACUUCACAAGAGGCUCUAGAUUCAGUGUUCUUGGUGCUAUCAACACAAGUGGAGUAAUAGCCUCUAAUGUUAUUCAUGGGGCAUACAAUCGAGAGCAGUAUGAGUUUGCUUUUAUGCAAUUUAUCCUACCACAUGUUGGAAACCUUGCAAACCAGGAGGAAAAUUCAGUUGUCAUAAUGGAUAACUGCAAUAUCCACUAUUCAGACGUUGUCACAAAUGCAGUGCGAAACAAAGGAGGCAUCAUCAUGUUUCUUCAGCCCUACUCACCUGAUUAUAACCCAAUAGAGGAUUGUUUUAACUUUUGCAAGAAAUGGCUUCAAAGAAAUCAGGAAAUUUGCUAUACCUAUCCAAAACGCUUAAUUGAAAUCACAAAAUCUUGUCUGAAUUGUAACUUGUCUGUAAUGAAGAACUGCCCAAUAAUGAGUUAUUAGGCCAAUGGAAUGAGCCUAUUUGGUCACAUGCAUGGACGUCCUUUAUAGCUGAUAAAAGUCUUGAAUUAGUUACAGUAAGUUGCAUAGCUG